AUGAAUAAAAAUGUCAAGGAAAGCUCGGCGCGAAAACGUAAAAAUAGUGAUGACUUCGUUAACUCUCCAAGUACCUCCAGCAUAUCCACCAAGGACGAAUCACCUCCACAGAGCUUACCGGACCAACCAGAUAAGUUACUUGGCUUGGAAAAUAAACUUUCGAAGAAAAUUCAAACAUUACUGCCUAGAUUCAAACAGUAUAUCGUCUACAAUCCUUUGGAAUACGCCGCACAAGUUCACGCCACGUACGUGAACAGUUAUUGCAAGUCAAGCAAAAAAAUUCUUAUAAUCGGAGAAAAUCCCGGCCCUUGGGGCAUGUGUCAGACGGGUGUUCCGUUUGGCGAAAUAGAUGCCGUGAGAGAUUGGCUCCAAAUAUCGGGUCCAGUUGGAAAACCACCUGAGGAACAUCCUAAAAAAUUAAUUCUGGGUUUUGAUUGUCAUAGACGUGAGCAAAGUGGUAAAAGAUUGUUCGGAUAUUUUCGUGAAUUGUGCGGAAGCGCCGAUAAUUUUUUAAAACAUACAUUUUUGUACAACUACUGUCCAAUUACCUUGUUGAACAGAGAAGGCGGCAAGUAUGUUAAUCUGAAGGAAUUGAAGAAAAAGGAUAAUGAAGAGUUAUUCUCUGCGUGCGAUGAUACACUGAUCGAUGUAAUAAAGUUACUUGGAAUCGAGCUUAUCUUAGCUAUGGGAAAUUUCGCAGAACAAAGGGCAAAAGCUGCUCUUGAAAAAGCUCUCGACGCGGGCGAUAACCUAUUAGACGUCGACUCAAUCCGCGUGUUGCGUGUGCCACAUCCUAGCCCCAUGUCGCAAUAUGUACGAAAGGGAAAAUGGAAUGAAAUGGUCAAUGACAUACUCACAGAACACGGAUUAAUGCAGUAUUUUAAAAACGAUCAAUCACCAAUCAAAAAUACAACGAUAGCUAAUAAACGUUAA